GGGAGGCUCGGAACGAUCUGUGGGCACCGUCCUGGCCGCCGCUGCCCACCCUGGGCCCUCUUGGUCUGACUGUGGCCUGAGCCUCCAUCGUUGGCCUCCUCGCCUGCUGCCUCUUCUUUAUGCGCUUAGAGGCUCCGUUAUAGAAAGUGAGCCACCACUGGGGACUUCAGUGAGAUAGUGUCUUUUCCCUGUCAAGAGUAGAGAAGGUAAAGGUUGGGAAAAGCACGUUCGAAACUGGAAAGUUUAGCGCGCCAGAGCGAUUGCUUCUAAGUCAUGGAUCACUCCUGCAAGUUAGCCAAGCAGUCUAGGAUUUAACCUGGCCCCGGGUAACCCCUCCAGCGUCUUCUGUAAACACCCAGUCCGGCCCACGUGUUGGACAAGUUGGCCAUGUAAUCACUCCUGAGCUCCCAAGAAGCACUCUUCCGCUUUUGUGGUCUUCCUCUCUUCCUUUGCUUCAGCUUUCCAGCUUCCUGAGGUGCCCUUCACUCCCUUCUCUUUGUGGAAUGCCAUCUCAGACGUCAUUAUCUCUGACAUGUCACAACUUACCAGCCUUUCCUCGUAGAUAGAAUUAUAUUUCCUUUGUAUGUGACUGUAGCACCACUAGCUUUGCCCAGCUAUGAUUAUUAGGUCAUGUAUUACACUGGCUUGUGUUAUAAUUAACUAUGUUAUACAUUUACAUGUUAUAGCUCUUUAACAAAGCGGUUUGGAUUGUCAUCUAUAAAAAAGUGAUUUACUGGGGAAACAUCACUGCUAAAAUAUGCACUUGUGCUAUAAAGAACCCUAGAGGAAUGAUUUUCCCAGUGUGUCAAAAUUCCUGGCAAAAUCUCACAUAGAUCUAAUUCCUGCCACAGUGUUCUUAUCUCUAUACAACUCUGCAACCUUUCUGACAGAGCCCAAGUUAAAACUGGGGAAUUAAGAAAGAAUAGAUUCAUGAGCAUGAGCUCCUUAAUCUAAAAAGUUAAACUUUGAUCCUGCUUACCCUUUGCACUUAGGAUUCAUCCUGUGACCUUUCAUUCAACAAACAUUUACUGAGCACCAAUCGUAUCUGUUUAUAUGCUAAAAUUUAUUAGGUAAAAUGCAUAAGUAAAGUCUAAUUUUAUUAUAUCCUUUUCAAAGUAUAGCAGGAGUUUCAUGAUUCUGAUGUGCCUAAAGCUCAGAAUCUAAAAUGUCAGAUCUUCAGAACAAUGCUUUACCCAUACUUGACACCACUUGCUAAAUGAAUGAACAUGGGGCAUCCUUUCCAUUUUAUAGAGUCAAGCAAGCUGAGAUAGUCUUAAGAACACACUGCUGCUUAUUAACACACCAGGCAAAGUACUCAAGUAUAAUUAUUUUUCUACCAUGUUUCCACCUCACCCUGUUUUGUAGUCUCUCCUACAGGAUUUAAAUGUAGCCCAGAAUAUGAGGAUGUUUCCUCUUGACAUGACAGACAUGUUGAGACAUGUCUCAUUACAUCCUCUACCUCCAUAUUUUCUGCCAUCAUGUUAACGCAAAUUGUCAUCAAAAUAAAGACACAAAGAGCUCACCUUGUACCAUAAUUCUACAAAUAUUUUCUCUCUAUGAAUUUGAAUCAAUAUUCCAUGCUCAUAACAACGUAAGAACCAGUUCAGCAAUUGUAGCACAGACCCAGAGUUUAUGGAGCAAAACAUUCAGAUCCCCAGAAAACAAAGAAAUUGGAAUGACAUCCUUUUUUAUGAAAUCAGAGGAGGACUUGUCUACCUUCAUGGCAACAAUCAACUGGAAUGUAUUAAAAACAGCUCCUGUCACAUAAGUAUGUUGCAGUUGUUGAGCCAGACUAUGAGCACACCAGAGAAUCUGCUAUCCACUGGCUCCUCAUUAGCAUCACAAGUUCAUGCUGCUGCAGUUAAUGGAGAUAAAGGUGCUCUUCAGAGACUCAUAAUAGGAAACGCUUCUUUUAAAGACAAAGAAGACCAAUUUGGGAGAACACCACUUAUGUAUUGUGUGUUGGCAGACAGAUUAGACUGUGCAGAUGCUCUCUUAAAGGCAGGAGCAGAUGUCAAUAAAACUGAUCAUAGCCAAAGAACAGCCCUCCAUCUUGCAGCUCAAAAGGGAAAUUAUCGUUUCAUGAAACUCUUACUUACACGCAGAGCAAACUGGAUGCAGAAGGAUCUAGAAGAGAUGACACCCUUGCACUUGGCCACCCGACACAAGAGUCCUAAGUGUUUGGCACUCCUGCUGAAGUUUAUGGCGCCUGGGGAAGUAGACACACAGGAUAAAAAUAAGCAAACAGCUCUGCAUUGGAGUGCCUACUACAACAACCCUGAGCACGUGAAGCUGCUGAUCAAGCAUGAUUCCAACAUUGGCAUCCCUGAUGUCGAGGGCAAGAUCCCACUCCACUGGGCAGCCAACCAUAAAGACCCAAAUGCUGUGCACACAGUGAGAUGCAUUCUGGAUGCUGCUCCAACAGAGUCUUUACUAAACUGGCAGGACUAUGAGGGCCGCACACCUCUCCACUUUGCAGUUGCUGAUGGAAAUGUGACAGUGGUUGAUGUCUUGACCUCGUAUGAAAGUUGCAACAUAACAUCCUAUGAUAACUUAUUUCGAACUCCUCUGCACUGGGCAGCUUUGCUAGGCCAUGCACAGAUUGUCCAUCUUCUUCUAGAAAGAAAUAAGUCAGGAACUAUCCCAUCGGACAGCCAAGGAGCAACACCCCUUCACUACGCAGCUCAGAGUAACUUCGCUGAAACGGUUAAAGUGUUUUUAAAACAUCCUUCAGUGAAAGAUGAUUCAGACCUGGAAGGAAGAACUUCCUUUAUGUGGGCAGCAGGAAAGGGCAGUGAUGAUGUUCUUAGGACCAUGCUGAGUUUGAAAUCUGACAUUGAUAUUAACAUGGCAGACAAAUAUGGAGGCACAGCUUUGCAUGCAGCUGCCCUUUCUGGCCACGUCAGCACCGUGAAAUUAUUAUUAGAAAACGAUGCUCAAGUAGAUGCUACUGACGUCAUGAAACACACUCCACUUUUCCGAGCCUGUGAGAUGGGACACAAAGAUGUGAUUCAGACACUUAUCAAAGGUGGAGCAAGGGUAGAUCUCGUUGACCAAGAUGGACAUUCACUCCUACAUUGGGCAGCACUCGGAGGAAAUGCUGAUGUGUGCCAGAUACUGAUAGAAAAUAAGAUAAAUCCAAAUGUGCAGGAUUACGCAGGGAGAACCCCUUUGCAGUGUGCUGCAUAUGGGGGAUAUAUCAACUGCAUGGCGGUGCUCAUGGAAAACAAUGCAGACCCCAACAUCCAGGACAAGGAGGGAAGAACAGCUUUGCACUGGUCCUGUAACAAUGGAUACCUUGAUGCCAUCAAACUAUUACUCCAUUAUGCUGCUUUCCCUAAUCAGAUGGAAAAUAAUGAAGAGAGGUACACGCCUCUUGACUACGCUUUGCUAGGUGAGCGCCAUGAAGUGAUCCAGUUCAUGUUGGAGCAUGGAGCCCUAUCUAUCGCAGCAAUUCAGGACAUUGCUGCCUUCAAAAUCCAAGCUGUUUACAAAGGGUACAAGGUGCGGAAGGCCUUCCGAGACCGGAAGAACCUCCUCAUGAAGCAUGAGCAGCUGAGGAAAGACGCUGCCGCCAAAAAACGGGAAGAAGAAAACAAGCGAAAGGAGGCAGAACAGCAGAAAGAAUGGCUGAGCCCAGCUUCUCAUAUACCCCAAGCCCCUCCCUGUCUACCUGGCCCCCGCAAGCAACCUCCAUCCAGCCCCAAGUCCCAGGGCCCUCUGCCAAGAGACGGCAGGGGGUCUCCAGCCACAACUCCUACAAAGGACCAACCUGUUCCCUCCGAUCUUCAGAAAGCAGACUCCAGAAAGACAAAUGAAACAUCCAAGGAACAUUCUAAAGGCUGCUCUGCCUGUGUCCACGUCAGAGCAGGAGAAGGCCGUGAGGGAGAGCGGUGUCGGGGCGUCUCCUCCGUGGAGAAGUGCAGAGGUGAGACGGCUGGCGAGCAGUGGCGUGAGAAGGGGAGAGGCGUGGUGAAGGCACUCUCCUCCGUCAGCGCUGUCAGGGCGCCUGAGCCUGAUGAGAAGGGGAAGGACCCCAGUCGCGCACCUACAAGCCUUUCCCAGCAGGACAGCCACCGGAAGGCCAGCAGGCGGCAUGACCCAGCACCCAAGGCCGGAAGUAUUCCCCAGAAAAAGUGCCCUCAAGAGCUCAGAGGAAGGUGCUCCCCGGCUGGUUCCAGCCGGCCUGGCACUGCCAAACAGGAGGUGGUCUGUUCUAGGCAGAGUCCUCGCUACCAUCGCACACCAAGAAGCAAGGUGACACCGAAGCUUGCAGGAGAAAUCUGUUCGGAUUUGCCCCAGAGCACAGAGGAGAUAAGGUCAAGACCCAGGAAGCUGGGGACAUCUCCCCUGUCUGAGGACAUUCCGGAAUCUAAGGAGACUGAGCGGGAACCUGCACCUCUCUCUGGCCAGAGUGUGAAUAUUGACCUCCUCCCCGUGGAGCUCCGCCUGCAGAUAAUCCAGAGAGAAAGGAGCAGGAAAGAGCUGUUUCGAAGAAAGAACCAGGCGGCAGCCAUCAUCCAGCGAGCCUGGAGAAGCUAUCAGCUCAGGAAGCAUCUGUCAGGCCUUGUGCAUGUGAAGCAGGUUGGAGGGAAAGAUGUGCUCCGAUGGAAGCGAGCGUGCACAGCACUCCUCCUCCUGGUUUGGAGGAAGGACCUGGAAGUAAAGCUCCUGAAGACCACCUCAGUACACAGGAUGCCCAAGAGCCUAGCCAAAGGCACCUCAGGAACAAAGCCCACCAAGCACUCAGUGCUGAAGCAAAUCUACGGUUGUUCUCAAGAAGGGAAAAUCCACCAUCCCACGAGGCCUUCAAAAGCCCCUCCUGUGCUGCAGCUGAAUUCAGUGAGCAACUUGCAGUGUAUUCAUCUUGAGAGCAGUAGAAAAUCAAAGAACUUUUCUUAUAACCUGCAAUCGGCUACUCGAUCAAAAAACAAACCAAAGCUUUGACUGCCUGUGGAGGAAGACUGGAAGCAUCAGUACAAAAGCCUCAUUUCCUACGAAGUCUUUUCUAUCUUGGGAAAGCCUUAGUAUCCAAACCUAAAGCCUUAUUGCCCUGAAAAUGUGCUAACAACUGGAAGAUGUGGGCCCAUCUCCUCUGUGCUCUUACCAGGUACUGUUUUGCAUAUCAUCUCAGCUGCGCUGAAAGGACUGGAGACUGUGCAGCUGGGUGUUUUUCCACCUCAGUCACUAUGCCUGGAAAUGGGAAGUGAUCAUAAACGGUAAAAUAAAACCACAAACACAGGCUGGGCUUUCUGACAGUAAGCUGGCAGAGACUUGGUUUACUAGCUUAAGUGAUAAAUCUAAAUGAGUGGAGCAGCUACCUUCAUCUCAUUCAUCCCUGAAAUCAACCAACAUAGUGACAGGUGCUAUAUCCGCAUGGCUACUUGGUAAGAAUCCUGACCAGUGUUUCCAUUUAGAAACUGCCCAGAAGAGCAUAAGCACAUUCCUGUGAUUCCUUACAUUUUCCAGUUCCUGGGUUAGUCACAACCAUGUCCUCUCUGAAUGGCAUUCUCCCUGCUAAGGACAGCCAUGUCAUAUCAAAGUCAGUAAGGUAGGGUUUGUACUCACAAAGCAAGGCUCAGGCUCAACAUCCUCGUGUUUCCUGACCACUUGCAAAGAUGAGAGGUCGCAAAAUGCCAUUAUGACUGGCAGGGAACACUACACACAUUUUAGCACUAAAGAAAGCCUGGUUAAAAUAAAACCUAGUGAUUUUUCACACUUAUACUAACGGUGGUGCUAUGGGAAUAGACAGAAAGCACAAACAGCAGUAUCAAGAUCAUAUUUUUACUUCCACGUGCCAUCCCUGUGGCUAACACCAAGAGACAGGAAGCAAUAAAAUGUCUGCAAACUUUAACUGCCUUCACUUUUAGUUUAAUAUAUUCAAAAUUAUGAAAACACUGCAAGGCUUAGCUACAUGAAAUCACAAAGAUUCGGCUAUUUGCUAGUAAACAAGAAGGUACAAUACUUUGUAAAUACAUCACUCCUAUGAAAUGUGAAAUGCACUGA